GUGGUUCCUUUUUCUCCCACUUAAUGGAAUUUUUACUUUUGCUUUUUUAGUUCUAUUUGUGGAGUGUUUCCUUAUUUUCCAUUACACAUUAUUACAUUUUCAGUUCUUGGGGAUUUCCACCAGUUUCGAGAGAAAAGAGUGUUGAGUGUUUGUCUGUGAGAGAGAGUUCCUUCUUCCUUUCAUCUUCUUCUUCUCCAUCAUCACAAGUGCGUUGUAGUCUACUUGUGUGGACGGCUUACAAUCAUCCUCAUUCCCUACCACUCUCUCAGCUCCCUCCACUACAAUAGAUCAGGGAGACCUCUUGAUUCAGAGGAUCGGUAUCAAACUCUUCAUCGUAGAAAUCUAUCCACGUUAUCCUGAUCACUUCAAGGAACAAGGAAUGGCAGAAGCAGUUGUAUCCGGCUUUCUUCAACUAGUUAUUGAAAAACUAGCAUCGCCAAUCCUAGAAAAGUGUAAACUGUUCUGGGGUUUUCACAAGGAGAUGGAAAAUCUAAGAAGCCGGUUAUCAACGAUACAAGCAGUGCUUGAAGAUGCGGAGGAGCAGCCAGUAAAGAGCAAGGCGUUACAGAAUUGGCUGGGAAAGCUUAAAGAUGUGGUUUAUGAUGCAGAUGACAUAUUGGAUGAGUUCACAAUCGAAGCAAAAGUGGAAGCUAAACGCAGAAAAUUGCAGAUCGGCACCUUUUCAGCAUCGAACCUGGUGUCCCGUUCAAAUAUGGCAGAUAAGAUAAAGGAGAUAGGGCAGAGAUUAGAUAAGAUUGCUGAAGAGAGGUCUCAAUUCCAUUUGAUAGGGGGAGAACGGGUGUCAGAUAUUAAAGGCCGAGAACCAACUGAUUCAUUUGUAAUCGAAUCAGAUGUUUAUGGAAGGGAAGAAGAUAAAAGAAGGGUAAUGGAAUUACUGAUUAGCAACGAUAACGGAGAGGAUGUUAUAGUCAUCCCCAUAGUCGGUAUGGGGGGCCUUGGGAAGACCACACUCGCUCAGUUAGCUUACAAUGACGUGAGGGUAGCAACGCAUUUUGUAUUAAGAAUGUGGGUUUGUGUGUCCGACCAUUUCAGUCUGAGUAAGGUAACAAAAGAUAUCAUAGAGUCAGCAACCCAUAGCAAAUGUGAUCUCCAAAGCAUCGAUUAG